AUGGAAGGUCUAACGUUGAUUUGGUUUGAUGAAAACAUUGAUUUGACAGAAGACACGAAACAAACAGCUAAAAUGCUUCGCCAGUGUGAACAAACUCCUCUCAAUGUGUAUCGAGGAGCCAGAUUAUCCAGUGAUGAACUAGACAGGCUUAAAGCAAAUGAAGGCAAAUUAAUAUCAAUGAACGGCUUUUUAUCAACCAGCCGUUCUCGUAAACUAGCAUUAUGUCUUGCACGUAAGUCGACAAAAAGAACUGAUGCACUGCCCGUGCUGUUUCAUAUUCAGUGCGAUAUCAAAGGAGAAUCAAGCGACGUCAUUUUUGCUGAUAUAGCAGAAAUGGGUGAUUAUCCUGAAGAACAAGACGUUUUGUUUGAUCUAGGAGCAGCCUUUCGAAUCGAAUCGAUUAUCUUUGAUGACAAGCUUAAUCUUUGGCUUAUCGAGAUGAAAGCGACCAAUGAGGGAGCCCAAAUCGCACAAGCGUAUAUCGAACUAAACAAAAAAGAUCUAGAUGAGGGAACUGUCAGUGUUCCCAUCAUAUUCGGGCGUCUCCUUGCUGAUAUGAAACUCUAUGAAAAAUCACAAUACUAUUUUGAGAAACUUUUGGUUGAUUCAACUGACGAAGAUGCAGCUUCGGUCUAUCACAAUAUAGGUAGAGUUCAAAACUUUAAAGGUAAAUAUGAUCAAGCUCUGGAGUCCUACACAAAAUCUCUCGAAAUGAAAGGAAUUUGCUUUCCGCCGAUUCAUGUCAGUACCGCUGCCACUCUCGAAGAUAUUGGUGGUGUUUAUGACUCAAAGGGUCAGUAUGAUCGAGCACUAGAGUACUACAUGAAAUCUCUCGAAAUGAAAGAAAUUUGCCUUCCUUCGAAUCAUGCCAGUACCGCUGUUACUCUCGAAAAUAUUGGUGGUGUUUAUGAUUCAAAGGGCCAGUAUGAUCAAGCUCUGGAGUACUACAUGAAGUCUUUCCAAAUGAAAGAAAUUUGCUUUCCUCCAAAUCAUGACAAGACUGCUGCCACUCUCAAUAAUAUUGGUAUGAUUUAUGGCUCAAAGGGUCAAUAUGAUCGAGCUCUUGAGUAUUACAUAAAAUCCCUCGAAAUGAAAGAAAUUUGUUUUCCUCCGAAUCAUGCCAGUACCGCUGACACUCUUGAAAAUAUUGGUGAUAUUUAUGACUCAAAGGGCCAACAUGAUCGAGUUCCGGAAUACUUGGAGUCCUACAUGAAAUUUCUCGAAACGGAAGAAAUUUGCCUUCCUUCGAAUCAUGCCAGUACCGCUGAUACUUUCAAUAAUAUUGGUCUGGUUUAUGGCUCAACGGGCCAAUAUGAUCGAGCUCUGAAAUACUUCAUGAAAUCUCUCAAAAUGAAAGAAAUUUGCCUACCUCCGAAUCAUGCAAGGACCGCUGAUACUCUCAACAAUAUUGGUCUGGUUUAUGGCUCAACGGGCCAAUAUGAUCGAGCACUGGAGUACUACAUGAAGUCUCUCCAAAUGAAAGAAAUUUGCUUUCCUCCGAAUCAUGACAGGACUGCUGCUACUCUCAAUAAUAUCGGUAUGGUUUAUGGCUCAAAGGGUCAACAUGAUCGAGCUCUGGAGUACUUCAUGAAAUCUCUCGAAAUGAAAGAAAUAUGCCUUCCUCCGAAUCAUGACAGGACUGCUGCCACUCUCGAAAAUUUUGGUAUGGUUCAUCGAUCGAUGGGCGAAUAUGAUCUAGCUCUCGAGUACUACAUGAAAUCUCUCAAAAUGAAAGAAAUAUGCCUUCCUCCAAACCAUGACAAGACUGCUGAUACUCUCAACAAUAUCGGAGUUGUUUAUGACCUAAAGGGCGAAUAUGAUCUAGCUCUGGAGUACUACAUGAAAUCUCUCGAAAUGAAAGAAAUUUGCCUUCCUCCGAAUCAUACGAGUACCGCUGACACUCUCAAUAAUAUUGGUAUGGUUCAUCGAUCGAAGGGCGAAUGUGAUCGAGCUCUGGAGUACUACAUGAAAUCUCUCAAAAUGAAAGAAAUUUGCCUUCCUCUGAAUCAUGCGAGAACCGCUGACACUCUGAACAAUAUUGGUCUGGUUUAUUACUCAAAGAGUGAAUAUGGUCGGGCUCUGGAGUACUACAUGAAAUCUCUCAAAAUGAAAGAAAUUUGCCUUCCUCCAAAUCAUGACAGAACCGCUGACACUCUCUAUAAUAUUGGUCUAGCUUAUCAAUCAAAGGGCGAAUAUGGCCGAGCUCUAGAUUUUUACAGAAAUGGCUUGAAUAUCUAUCAAAGUAAGUUUAAUCACGGACACCCAGUCAUAGAGAAAAUGCAGAAGACUAUUCGAGGAAUUAGCGGGACUCGCGCUAAAUUUCAUGGAAAGACGGUCAAGUUGUUAAGGGUUUUUAAAUGAUAGAUUUUUUAAUAAAGCAUGCUAAACAAUUAAAAAUCAAAUUAUAAAAUUUGUAUGUUUUUGUUUAUAUUACAAUCACUUGAGUCAGUUAAUGUGAUGUGUGGUACGCAAUGGCGUAUCCAAGGGGGCGGCAAUUGGGCAAAUGCCCAAUGCUCAGAAAAAGUUUGCCCAAUCGGAUUUUUUAAAGGCUAGAGUUUGCCCAACGACUUUCGGGCAAAGCCGAUUUCGACUAGUA